GAGAGAUGGAAAUAACAAGAGCUGAGACGACUAUUACAGAAGCAGAGGGGGUUGCGCAUCAGCCGUCGACGGCGGCGGAGGAGAAAAAGAAGAUGAAGGUGUUGGUGGCUAUCGAUGAGAGUGAUGGGAGCUUCUGUGCACUUAAGUGGGCACUUGACCACCUUUUUUGUUAUCCUAUUCAGCCCGAUCAGGAACCUAACACGAUCACUUUGGUUCAUGUGCAGCCACUCUUCCAAUCCUUCCUUUACCCUGCUGGACCAGAUGCACCCUAUGCAACGCCUGAAGUGUUGGAUGCUGUGAAGCAAGCCAAAGCGCAAAAUGCUGCUAAUAUACUCUCUCGUGCUUUGCAUAUGUGCAAAGAAAAAAAGAUCAAAGCAGAAAGUUUAAUUCUUGAAGGAGAUCCAAAGGAUAGGAUUUGUCAAGCUGCAGAAGAAUUACAUGUUGAUCUUGUAGUCGUUGGCAGCCGUGGGCUUGGCACGAUCAAACGGUAAUAUGAACCUUUUCAUCAUGAUCCCGACAAAUAUUUGAAUGUAAUCUAAAUUAAUCUCUUUUUCUAUACGAGUCUAAGUUACCACUAAGCUCUAGUUUGAUUUAGCCAAAAAUCAUACUAA